AUGUCACGCCAUGUCUCCUACGAGCACGCGCGGAAGUUCCUGCAGCGCUGCUUCGGGAAGCCAGAGCGAAUGCGCUUGCUGUGCAGCACCAAAGCAGGGCGCGAAGGUGGAGAUGCCUUGCAGGUGACAGUGGAAAUUGCACCAGGCGGUCCAGUCGUACAAGUACAAGAGGUGAGUAUGGCUGAUGGAUGGACUGGCUGUCGAUUCUCACCGUCGGCCUUAUGGCUGGCGUUAGCUGUGGCCGAUGUUGACGGUCCGAUUUUCCAAGGGCUGGGGCCGUGUGCCAAAGCCAUUGAGUUCGGGUGCGGAGUGGCCUUAGCCGGCCUGGCCGCCGAUGCCAUCGGCUACUGCACCAGCGUCACCGAUUGCCUUCCCGGGCACUUGAAAAACUUGCAGCAGCACCCUGCGGCACUGCAGGGAAAGCUGGAGGUGUUUCGUUUGGAUUGGAUCGACGACGUCGGCGCGGUGUCACCUGGCUGUGCUAUUGACCUGGGGUCCCCUGAGAAUUUCGCCGCCGAUGUCGCACGCGCAACGCGCGCAACGGACGCAACGGACGCAGCAUGGCCAAAGCUGCAAGAGGAUCGUUUGCAGAGUUACGACCUGGCCCUGGCCAGUGAUGUCGUCUACGAGCCUCACCAUGCCAUUCUGCUGCCAAUGGUCAUUGAACGUUGGCUGAAGCCAGGAGGAUGGUGGGCGGUGGCACUGGCAGUUCGAGAGGAAGACAUUUGUGACUUGGGCUUUGGGAGGUUGGUAGAGCAAUCAUGGGAUACAUAA